GGCUGGACACUGCCUCGCUCGCUCCCGAGGACGAACACGCUCAGGCCAGGGGGCGUCCCACGCAGCAGAGAACGCUGCGAGUUGAUUGACAGGGCAAAAGGUCACGUGAUGCUGCCGCGCCACGUUCCCAGCGCUAGCUUGUAGCUGCCUGUGCGGCCACGACUCGAAAGAGGAGGGAGAGGCAGCGCUCUGGGUUCCGGGAACAAAGUUCCAAGCGCAGCAGAAAGUAGCCGAGGGAGUCAGUAAUCGGGCGCUGGCGGGCGCCUUUGUCUUGUCAACUUCAGCGCCUGACUUUUCGUCUGCAGGAAAGCAACGGGGCGAGAGACAGCCGCGCUCAAAGCCUGGGGCAGCAGGCUGGCUGCAUCUCCCGCUGCUUCUCGCUUGCCCUGACCCAAUAACAAAGGAGGAAUCCCGGGGCCCCCAGGAGGAGCGACCGCUGCAGCAGCAACUUGCCACUCCAAAGUUGAGCCCGCCUGGCGGCUGAAGGGAGCAGUUGGAGAGGCGCCGCCUGCCACAGGCUCAAGAAGUGCGAGGAAAGCGGCUGCAGCAGGCUCUCGGGGUGGAAGGGAAGCUGCUCGAGGAGUUUGGACUCUAAACGCACACGUACGGCUGGUCGGUGUAAAACUUGGUGCUUGUCUUUCGUGGGGGAGGAUCUUCCCCCGCCCCGCCGCUUUUAAGUUGUUUUGGAGGGCGGCCCUCCGCCCUUGUACGGGUUUAGCGCUGGAUUUUUGAGAGACUCCGCUUGAAACCCUGCAGGACAUGGACCCUGAGAUGUGACUGGCUGGCGCACCGGAUCUUCGGGCACGAAGCUUUCCAGCAGGUAUUAAUUUCAAAGCACCCUAGAGAGUGAGAGCUGUGUGCAAAGAUUUUUAGAUAAUUCUACAUAGGAAUUUUGAAACUGGAAACAAAAGAAUGGCCAAGGUUUUGGAUACAGACGAAGGACCUGAGGGAGAAUACAAUGAGUUUAGCAACAUCAUUAAAUCCAGAUCUGAUGAGCACAAUGAUGUGCAAAAGAAAACGUUCACAAAAUGGAUAAAUGCUCGCUUUUCUAAGAGUGGAAAGUCUCCAAUAAGGGACAUGUUCACGGACCUCAGAGAUGGUAGGAAACUCUUGGAUCUCUUGGAAGGACUUAUAGGGAAUCCGCUGCCAAAAGAACGUGGUUCAACUAGAGUCCAUGCCUUGAAUAAUGUCAAUAAAGUUCUUCAAGUUUUACAUCAGAACAAUGUGGAGCUGGUGAACAUAGGAGGGACUGACAUUGUUGAUGGAAAUCACAAACUGACUCUUGGAUUGUUAUGGAGCAUAAUUUUGCACUGGCAGGUGAAAGAUGUCAUGAAAGAUAUCAUGUCAGACUUGCAACAAACAAACAGUGAAAAAAUCCUCUUGAGCUGGGUGCGACAGUCCACUAGGCCUUAUAGCCAAGUCAAUGUUUUGAACUUCACCACAAGCUGGACAGAUGGGCUUGCCUUCAAUGCUGUGAUUCACAGACAUAAACCUGAGUUGUUAAGCUGGGCAAAAGUGAAUAAAAUGUCUCCAACUGAAAGACUAGAACAUGCCUUCAAUGUAGCCAAAAAUUAUUUGGGGAUAGAAAAAUUAUUGGAUCCUGAAGAUGUAGCUGUGCAGCUUCCUGAUAAGAAAUCAAUUAUCAUGUACUUGACAUCCUUAUUUGAAGUUCUUCCUCAGCAAGUUACCAUGGAAGAUAUUCGAGAAGUUGAAACUCUUCCAAGGAAAUACAAAAGGGAAUGUGAAGAAGCAGAUAUACAGGUGAGUACAACAUCUGAAGAUGACCAUGGAGAUUCCAGAGCUGAAACACCCAGCACUGUAACAGAAGUGGAUAUGGAUUUGGACAGUUAUCAAAUAGCUCUGGAAGAAGUUCUCACCUGGUUGCUCUCUGCUGAAGACACAUUCCAUGAGCAAGAAGAUAUUUCUGAUGAUGUUGAGGAUGUCAAGGAACAGUUUGCUGCACAUGAAACUUUCAUGAUGGAGUUGACUGCACACCAGAGCAGUGUAGGUAGCGUGCUGCAAGCUGGUAAUCAGCUGAUAGCCCAGGGCAACCUGUCAGAGGAGGAGGAAAGUGAAAUCCAGGAACAAAUGAUCUUGCUGAAUGCUAGAUGGGAGGCACUUAGAGUGGAAAGUAUGGACCGACAAUCCCGCUUGCAUGACAUACUAAUGGAACUACAGAAGAAGCAACUGCAGCAGCUGUCUGACUGGCUGACUAUUACAGAAGAACGCAUUAAAGAGAUGGCGUCUUGGUGCUUAGUUGAAGAUUUGGAGUCCUUUCAACAGCAGAUGGAAGAACAUAAAGGUCUACAAAAUGAACUUGAAGCAGAGCAAGUUAAAGUCAACUCGCUGACCCACAUGGUGGUUAUUGUUGAUGAAAAUAGUGGUGAGAAUGCAACGGCUAUCCUAGAGUACCAACUGCAGAGUCUUGGGGAACGCUGGACAGCAGUUUGUCGUUGGACUGAGGAACAGUGGAUCAAACUGCAAGAGAUUAAUAUCUUGUGGCAGGAACUCUUGGAAGAGCAGUGCCUAUUGAAAGCCUGGUUGACUGAAAAAGAAGAGGCUUUAAACAAAGUACAAACAAGCAACUUCAGAGAUCAAAAAGAGCUUGGUGUGAAUGUUCGAAAGUUGGCAAUUCUGAAAGAAGAUAUGGGAAUGAAGCGUCAGACAUUAAAUCAGCUGAAUGAAAUAGCCCAGGAUGUAGCACAACUCCUCAACAACAAGAAAGCAACUAAGAAAAUUGACAGUGAUUUGGAAGAACUAACACAGAGGUGGGACAGUUUAGUUCAGAAGCUUGAGGAUUACUCUAAUCAGGUUACGCAAGCAGUUGCAAAUGUUGGGAUGUCCCAGACUUCACAGGCAUUCCUUACAGAAACUGUCUUUGUCAAAGAGCAAAAACCAGUUAAGCAAUCCAAAGAGGAACAGUCUCCACCACCUCCACCUCCACCAAAGAGAAGACAAGUCUGCUUUGAUGCUGUAAUGAAGAAAAAGUUUGAUUCUGAAAUUGCUGAACUGUUGGAUUGGAAUUUGAAAUCAAAAGCUGCCAUUCAAGCCAUAGAGAUCAAAGAAUACAAAAAGAUGAGAGAGACUUCAGACAUGAAAGAGAAGCUGAAGGCAAUAGAACAAGAAAGGGCUGAAAAAAGUAAAGAACUAAAUGAAUUGAACCAGACUGGACAGAAUCUGCUGGACCAAAUGGGAAAAGAAGGGCUUCCCACUGAGGAUAUAACAAAUAUCCUAGAGAAGCUACUGACAGACUGGAAAGGUACAGCUUUGCACCUGGAGGAAGUAGCAAGAAAAAUGCAUUGCCAAGACCAAGUAAACAUUUAUUUUAGAGAAAUGGGUGAGCUUGAUGAGAUUUUGAGUGAAAGAGAAUUGUGGCUGAAAGAUAACUCUGCUUCACCAUCCCACCAGCAACAAUUAACAGCCCUAAAGGAGCCCUGUCAGAGAGAACUCACUCUCCUAUUAAGUCUGAGGCCUCAGAUUGAAAUCCUGAAAGCCAAGUGCAAGGCCCUUGCUUCCCAGCCUGCUGUUCCAGCUUUUGUUGAGGAUAGCCUCGAUGCUUUGACUGACCGUUUCAAGUCUGUGCAGCAGAAACUGGAGUUUCUUCAACAGCGAUUAAAGAAAGCAGAGUUGGAAAGCCAGUCUUCCAAGGAUUAUUUGGAUGCUAUGAAGAAACUGAAGGAUGAGCUGAAUAAAUUGGAAAGCAAGGCACAGUCCAUCAUGAAUACGGUGAAUGACUUUACUAAAGUUGAGAAAGCCUUGCAGCAGACAAAGUCAGUUUGUGAAACUCUAGAAAACCAGAAAAGUGAUGUAGAUAAACUUGCUGUAGACACUCAGGACUUGGAGAAGCGUAUAUCUGCUGAUAAAUCAAAGCUCUACAAGCAAGAAUUCAAAUGUUUACAGGGAUACAGGGAUAAAUUAAAGACCAAAGUUUCUAAAGAUGUUGACCUACUAGAAGAAAUAGUUUCCAAACUGAGAAUAUUUGAGGCUGAUUCUAAACUGGUUCAAAAAUGGCUGGAUGGUGUAAAAGACUUCUUAAUGAAAGAGCAAGCCAUUCAAAGAGAUCCUGAAGCACUUCAGAGGCAGCUUGAUCAAUGCACACUGUUUGUUACUGAAAUGGAAAAGACCGAGCUCUCUUUCAAAGAGAUGAAAGAAAUAGAGUCUGCUCUAAGAGGCCAGCCUGUUAAUGCCUGGGUGAAAUCUAAGCUGACAGAUGUCCAGGCUCAGUGGGAGAAACUGAGCAAACAGAUCAUUAGUCAGAAAAAUCAAUUAUCCGAAAGUCAAGAAAAAACUGUAAACCUCAAGAAGGAUUUGGCAGAGAUGCAAGAAUGGAUGGCUCAAGCUGAAGAGGAGUAUUUGGAGCGAGAUUUUGAAUACAAGAGUCCAGAUGAGCUGGAGAAUGCUGUGGAGGAAAUGAAGAGAGCGAAAGAAGAUGUACUACAGAAAGAAGUGAGGGUGAAAAUUCUAAAAGACAACAUCAAGAUGUUAGCUGCUAAGCUGCCAUCUGGUGGUCAAGACUUAACAACUGAGCUUAACCUUGUAUUGGAGAAUUACCAACUACUCUGCAACAGGAUUCGGGGAAAAUGCCACACUUUGGAGGAAGUAUGGUCUUGCUGGAUUGAGCUCCUUCAUUAUCUGGACCUAGAAACAGUCUGGCUGAAUACCCUGGAAGAGAGGGUGAAAAGCAGUGAAAACUUAGCAGAUAAAGCAGAUGCUGUCAAUGAAGCCCUUGAGUCACUGGAGUCUGUCCUGCGCCAUCCAACUGAUAACCGGACUCAGAUUCGGGAGCUUGGUCAAACCUUGAUUGAUGGAGGGAUCCUUGAUGAAAUCAUCAGUGAGAAGUUGGAGGCUUUCAAUGCUCGCUAUGAAGAAUUGAGCCAUUUGGCAGUAAGCAGACAGAUUUGCUUGGAACAGCAGCUUCAGACGAUGCGAGACACUGAGCACAUGCUGCAAGUCCUACAGGAAAGCUUAAAAGAUCUGGAUAGGCAACUAACUUCAUACUUGACUGACAGAAUAGAUGCCUUCCAAAUGCCAGAGGAGGCACAGAAAAUCCAAGCUGAAAUUGCGGCUCACGAAUCCACCUUGGAAGAGCUAAAAAGAAAUGUGCGGUCACUGAAGCCAGCCUCCCCAGAAUGCAGAUCUCCUCGUGGUGGGUCUCAUCUGGAUGCCUUGCAGAGGAAGCUCCGAGAGGUAUCCACCAAGUAUCAGCUUUUCCAGAAACCAGCAAAUUUUGAGCAACGUAUGCUGGAUUGUAAGCGUGUUCUGGACAGUGUAAAGACUGAGCUCCAUGUCCUGGAUGUGAAAGAGAUGGACCCAGAUGUAAUUCAGUCUCACUUUGAUAAGUGCAUGAAACUCUAUAAGACGCUCAGUGAAGUAAAGCUUGAAGUGGAGACUGUAAUCAAAACAGGAAGACAGAUUGUACAGAAACAGCAAACUGACAACCCGAAAAACAUGGAUGAACAACUGACUGCACUGAAAUUUCUUUAUAAUGAUCUGGGUGCACAGGUUACUGAAGGGAAGCAAGAUCUGGAGCAGGCAUUGCAGCUAUCACGAAAACUCAAGGAAGAGACUCUGUCCUUGUCAAAAUGGCUAGAGGCUACUGAAGCUGAGUUAGUGCAUAAGUCCACCACGGAGAGUUUGCUUACUGAUCUGGACACUGAAAUUGCAUGGGCUAAAAAUGUGCUGAGAGAACUGGAAAGGAGGAAAGUUGAUCUAAACAGCAUAACAGAGAGUAGUGCAGCACUCCAGACCUUGGUGGAAGGCAGUGAGACUUCCUUGGAAGAAAAACUCUGUGUUCUUAAUGCUGGGUGGAGUAGAGUCCGGACCUGGACAGAAGAUUGGUGCAACACACUUUUGAAUCACCAAAGUCAACUGGAGAUUUUUGAUGAGAAUGUUGCCCACAUAAGCACUUGGCUGUAUCAAGCUGAAACGUUGUUGGAUGAGACUGAGAAAAAGCCAGCCAGCAAGAAAGAGGAGACAGUGAAGCGUCUUACAUCAGAAUUGGAUAACGUUAGUCUCAGAGUGGAUAAUGUACGUGACCAAGCUUUACUCCUGAUGAAUGGUCGUGGAGUAUCAUGCCGUGAACUUGUAGAACCCAAGCUGGCUGAAUUGAACAGGAACUUUGAGAAGGUAUCCCAGCACAUCAAAAAUGCUAAGAUGCUCUUCAGUCAGGAAGCUCAUAAAAUGCUCGUCAAACAAAAGCCCCAUGGAACUGCAGUGGCUUCUGAAGAUGUUGAUAAAUUUGAAUGUGAAUUACAAGACAUGCUGAAGGUUGUGGAGAAACACAUGGAAUCAAAUGAAGAUGAUGACAAGUUAGAUGAAGAAAGGGCCCAAAUCGAAGAGGUUCUACAAAGAGGCGAACAGCUAUUACAACAGCUUAUGGAUGACAGCAGGCGAGAGAAAAUUCGUUUGCAGCUUUUGCUUCUGCAGACGAGGCAAAGCAAUGCCAAGGAGCUCAGGUCAUUUCAAAAGAGACAUGUGGUGGAAUUCUUGUCUUCAUUAUCUCAGUAUGAGGUGGAACAAGGCAGUCCUUCACUUGGGCUCAGUGAGACAGAGGGACACCAGUCAGAACCACAAGGAGCUGAAGAUGAGGGGAAAUUACAGGCAAUUUCACAGAGGAUUUUUGGUCCUUAUUCGUCGACAAUCAGGGCAUCUCCAUUUCCUGCAGAGUAUCUGGUUGAAAUUAACAAAAUUUUGUUGACUAUUGCUGAUGCUGAGCUCUUGCUGAAUGCUCCGGAACUUCAUUCUGGUAUUUAUGAGGAUUUUUCUACUCAAGAUGAUUCAUUAAAGAAUAUAAAAGAUAUGUUGGACAAACUUGGGGAUCAGAUUGCAAUUGUUCAUGAAAAGCAACCUGAUGUUAUACUUGAAGCAUCUGGAUCUGAGGCUGUUCAAAUAGCAGAUUCUUUGACCCAGCUGAAUGCAGAAUGGGACAGAAUUAAUAGAAUGUACAAUGAUCGCAAAUGUUGCUUUGAUAAGUCUGUGGAAGAAUGGAGACAAUUCCAUUGUGAACUCAAUGAUCUCUCACAGUGGUUAACAGAAGCAGAAAGGUUGCUGGCUGAGUCCCAAACUCUAGACAGCAGCCUGGAUUUGGAGACGGUAAAGGUACACCAGCAGGACCUUGAAGAGGGAGUCAGCAGUCAUCAGACCAGCUUUUUAACACUGAACAGAACAGGAGAAGGAAUCAUACAGAAACUCUCCACUACAGAUGGAAGCUUCCUGAAAGAGAAAUUAGCAGGGUUAAAUAAACGCUGGAAAGCAAUCACAGCUGAAGUUAUGGGAAGACAACAGAGGCUGAAAGGAGAGAAUCAACAUUUAACAGAAUACACAAGAAAACUAGAUGAAUUUAGUUGCUGGGUGGAAAACAUAGAAAAUGCCCUGGGUGAGAAACCUACAAUGAGCCGUGAAGAAACCCUGCAAGAAUUAAUGGGCUUGAUUGAGGAGAUGGACAUGCAAGGAGAAAAACUGAUUUGGCUAAACAAAAAUGAACCAGAGGUGCUUUCAGCUAAAAGCAUUGGGCCUCAAGAGAGAGAGAAUAUUUCUGAUAGACUGAGGAUCCUGAACAUUAAAUGGAAAAAGCUGUUCAGAGAAGCACCCAACAGAGUGAGAGAACUGGAGGCAUAUGUUCAUCAACCCCAUCUUGUGCCACAGACAAAGCCUUCUGGCUAUCCUCUUCUCAAAAAGAUGGUGCUAGUGUCCUCUGCCUCUGAAAACAUUGCUCAGACACAGCAGGCUUUGGACGUUUCUGCACCUGCUGAUCUGGAUAAAACCACAACAGAAUUGGCUGACUGGUUAGCAUUGAUUGACCAGAUGAUGAAGUCCAACAUAGUUACUGUCGGAAAUGCUGAAGAAAUCAAUCGGACAAUUGCACGAAUGAAAAUAACAAAAGAGGAUUUAGAACAUCGCCAUCCUCAGCUGGAUUCUGUUUUUACCUUGGCUCAAAAUUUGAAAAACAAAACAUCAAGUUCUGAUAUUAGGACAGCCAUCACAGAAAAAUUGGAAAAGGUGAAAAACCAAUGGGACAGUACUCAGCAUGGGGUGGAAGUACGUCAACAGCAAUUAAGAUGCAUGCUUUCUGACAGCAUGAAGUGGGAUGACCAGAAGCAAGAGAUGGAGAAACUUAUUGGACAACAUGAGAUCCAUCUUCAUGCCCUUUUGCAAUCUCCUAAAGAGAAGCUUACCAAACAGAUUUCUGAAAACAAACUGUUAAUACAAGACCUAGAUAAAGGGGACCCCAGUAUGAGUUCAUUCAAUGAACUUUCUAAUAAACUCCUUCAAGACUAUAGUGGAGAUGAUACAAGAAAAGUGAAGGAAAUUAUGGAUCACUUGAACACUUCAUGGAUUAACCUGAGACAAAGAUCUGGCAGUAGGCAGAAUGCCUUGGAAACUGAACUCAAGAUAAUCCAUGCCACACUAAAAGAUCUAGAGAGUUUCCUCAAGUGGAUGCAAGAAGCAGAAGCCACAGUUAAUGUCCUUGCAGAUGCAUCACGACGAGAAAACGUAGCUCGGGAUAGUGUUUCUGGGAGGGAACUAAAAAAACAGAUAGAGGACAUCCAGGCUGAAAUUGAUGCCCACAAUGACAUCUUCAAGAGCAUUGAUGGAAACAGGCAGAAGAUGGUGAAAGCCUUGGGAAAUUCUGAGGAGGCUGCACUGUUACAGCAUCGCAUUGAUGACAUGAACCAACGCUGGAAUGACCUGAAAGCAAAGUCUGCCAGUAUCAGGGCUCACCUGGAGGCAAGUGCAGAGAAGUGGAAUAAAUUGCUAACAUCACUUGAAGAGCUUAUCAAAUGGCUGAAUCUGAAAGAUGAAGAAUUGAAAAAGCAGAUGCCCAUUGGUGGGGAUGUUCCAGCUUUACAGCAGCAGUAUGACCAUUGUAAAGUACUAAAGCGUGAAUUGAAGGAUAAAGAGCAAGCUGUUCUAAAUGCUGUAGACCAAGCCCGAGUGUUUCUUGCUGAUCAGCCAAUUGAAGGCCCAGAAGAACCAAGAAAAAACUUGCAUUCAAAAUCAGAGUUGACUCCUGAAGAAAAAGCUCAGAAGAUUGCCAAAGCUAUGCGUAAGCAGUCUGUGGAAGUGAAGGAGAAGUGGGAAAGCCUGAAUACCUGUGCCAACAGCUGGCAGAAGCAAGUGGACAAAGCGCUAGAGAAACUGAAGGACCUGCAGUGUUCUAUGGAUGACCUAGAUGCUGACUUGAGAGAGGCGGAAAACGUGCGAAAUGGGUGGAAACCUGUUGGCGAUGUACUGAUUGAUUCAUUGCAGGAUCACAUUGAUAAAGCAACAGCUUUUAGAGAAGAAAUUGCACCAAUCAACUUGAAAGUUAAAGCAGUCAAUGAUUUAUCCAGUCAACUCUCUCCACUUGACCUUCAUCCAUCCUUAAAGGUAUCGCGACAGCUAGAUGACCUCAAUAUGCGCUGGAAACUUUUACAGGUAUCUGUGGAGGAUCACCUUAAACUCCUACAGGAAACACACUGGGAUUGUGGGCCUGCAUCUCAAAAUUUUCUUUCCACCUCCGUUCAGCUACCAUGGCAGAGAUCGGUUUCACAUAACAAAGUUCCUUACUACAUCAAGAGCCCAGAGGAUAAACAUAAGCACCAUUAUGUUUAUCCUCACAACAACCCCAUGAGUCACCAGACACAAACUACCUGCUGGGAUCACCCUAAAAUGACAGAACUCUUUCAGUCAUUAGCUGAUUUGAACAACGUGCGUUUUUCUGCUUAUCGUACAGCCAUCAAAAUUCGAAGACUACAAAAGGCAUUGUGCUUGGACCUGUUGGACUUAAAUACAACAAAUGAAGCUUUCAAACAGCACAAGUUGAACCAAAAUGAUCAGCUCCUCACUGUUCAGGAUGUAGUCAGCUGUCUCACUACAAUUUAUGGUGGAAUGGAAGAGAAGCACAAGGACCUGGUGGAUGUUCCAGUCUGUGUAGAUAUGUGUCUCAACUGGUUGCUGAAUGUUUAUGAUACUGGCCGGACUGGAAAAAUCAGAGUGCAGUCCCUGAAGAUUGGCUUGAUGUCUCUUUCUAAGGGCCUUCUAGAAGAGAAGUACAGAUAUCUCUUUAAGGAAGUAGCAGGACCUACAGAAAUGUGUGACCAGAGGCAGCUGGGCUUAUUGCUUCAUGAUGCUAUCCAAAUCCCACGGCAGCUUGGUGAAGUCGCUGCUUUUGGAGGUAGUAAUAUUGAGCCCAGUGUUCGCAGCUGUUUCCAACAGAAUAACAAUAAACCAGAGAUCAGUGUAAAACAGUUCAUAGACUGGAUGCAUCUGGAGCCACAAUCCAUGGUGUGGCUGCCUGUUCUGCACAGAGUGGCAGCUGCAGAAACAGCAAAACAUCAGGCCAAGUGCAAUAUCUGCAAGGAGUGCCCAAUUGUUGGCUUUAGAUAUCGGAGCUUGAAACAUUUCAACUAUGAUGUCUGCCAGAGCUGUUUCUUCUCUGGUCGUACAGCAAAGGGCCAUAAAUUGCAUUACCCAAUGGUGGAAUAUUGUAUACCAACAACAUCAGGAGAAGAUGUACGGGAUUUCACCAAGGUGCUAAAGAAUAAGUUUCGGUCCAAGAAAUAUUUUGCUAAACACCCUCGACUUGGCUACCUACCGGUGCAAACAGUCCUAGAAGGUGACAAUUUGGAGACUCCUAUCACACUCAUCAGCAUGUGGCCUGAGCAAUAUGACCCCUCCCAAUCUCCCCAACUAUUUCAUGAUGACACGCACUCCAGAAUAGAGCAAUAUGCCAACAGGCUGGCCCAAAUGGAACGGACCAAUGGCUCUCUGUUCACAGAUGGUAGCUCCACCACAGGAAGUGUGGAAGAUGAGCAUGCCUUGAUCCAGCAAUACUGCCAGACGCUGGGGGGAGAGUCACCUGUGAGUCAGCCACAGAGUCCUGCACAGAUCUUGAAGUCAGUAGAGAAGGAAGAACGUGGAGAGCUUGAGCGCAUCAUUGCUGACCUUGAGGAGGAGCAAAGAAUGCUGCAAGUGGAGUAUGAACAACUAAAGGAACAGCAUCUUCGAAGGGGAAUUAAUUCACUGAGCCCAGCCCCAGACUCUGCCGUGUCACCCCAGCACACAUCUGAAGAUGCUGAGCUCAUAGCCGAGGCCAAACUCUUGCGGCAACACAAAGGUCGCCUGGAGGCUAGAAUGCAGAUUUUGGAAGAUCACAACAAGCAGCUGGAAUCUCAGCUUCACAGACUACGACAGCUGCUUGAGCAGCCUGAAAUGGAUUCGAGAGUUAAUGGAGGCUCUUCCUGUGCUUCACCUCAGCAUUCCACCCUCAGCUAUUCACCUGAUCCAGACGCCAGUUCACAGUUUAAUCAGACAACUGUAGAUGACUUGUUAGUCCCACCUCAUGAUACUAGCACAGAUCUAACAGAUGUCAUGGAACAAAUCAACAGCACAUUUCCAGCUUGCCGCGGAAAUCUUGCUGGCAGACCACAGGCAAUGUGAAUUUCUCAUUUUGAAGAUGGCCUGCUCUUCCUGACAUCAAAUAUAGCCUCCUUUUUUUACAAAUGCCAAUAUCAAGUUCCAGUAAUUAUAUGGCUGCAUGGGACCUUGUAAUAUACUGUUUAGCUCUGUGUGUUCUUACUUCAAAUAGGAAAACACUUGAACUACCCAAAGACAAGGAUGUUGUGGUUUUAUAACAUUGUGUGUGUUUUCCCUCUUCCUUCCCUUUCUAUGCAACUGUAAAUUAACAAACCGUGGAGUAUUUGGAAAUGGUUACACAUAUAUCAUUGAUUUAUAUAAUAGGCAACAUCAGGAAACGGGGUGGGGAUUUAUAUCCAUUCUUUUUUGAUAUUGCUAAAGUGAAUUGCAUACAGAGUUUGGAGCAAAAUGUUAUAUUUAUACAUUCCUUUUGGCUUUUGCAUUUACCAUUUCAAGUACCUUCUCUUCUGGUACAUGUACCAUUCUGCACAGGUUAUUUAUACUUAGCCUAAUAGGUUCAAAUCAUGAAUAAAAUGAUUCAUAACCCUUACAAUUAGUUUGGGGGCGGGGGAUCAUUUAUGGCCAUCUGUGAACACAUGAGACACCUUGGCUCUAGCGAACUUCAUUCUAUUACAAGAGUCAUUGGCACUAAAAUGGUGUAGAAAUUACUUAUUUCUCCCCACUGUGUGUAGAGUGGUCUCUUCCCUCCAUUGUGAGCCAAGUUGAGUUUGGACUUAUUUUAUAUGGUCAUUCUGAAUCUGUGAAUUUGGUUCUCUACAUGGGGAAGACUGUGGUCUAAUUGUGCCAAAUUUUUAUCAAGCUUUGUGUUUAAAUCACCAAAUGCAAAGGUUAAGAUCUAGACUAGAAAUGAUUUUAUUCUCCUUUUGGAAAUGUUACUAAAUGAAGGAGCUCUGUCCACUUUAGUGAUCAAGUAUUUUGCCUUUUCGUCAGAAAGGAUGUCAGGAUACCUUAAAUCAGCAUCAUCUUGUAUAUGUUUUUGAAUGGUUUCCUUAAUGUACCUGUUUAAAUGCAGGUAAAUUUGUGGGGAAGUUGAGCCAGAGAAAUGACAUUGGGCAGUGUUUGUUACCCAAGCCGGUGGAUUUGCAUGGGCAUUUGCUAUCAUGAUAAAACAUUCAUUUGCUCAGUAAGUUGCAUGUCUGCGCUAAAUGUCUUUUAAGGACUCGUUAGGGUUGGAGAAAUAUCACUCUGUGAUUUUAUGAAUAUUUAUGCCCAAUAAAAAGGUGUUGGGCCAUACCUAAUGUUUGAUUGCCUUCUGCAAGGUAAUGCCUGGCAGAACAUCCAGCAUCCACUAUAAAAAUCAUAGUAGGAGCUGUAAUCCUGAUGCUGAUGUCCUUGUAAUCGCUCAGUUUUCACAUCUCUAAAAUGGAACUGAUAUGAGGCUCAGGGUAGGUAAUGUAUGUUCAAUGCUCCAAUGACAAGUGCUAUCUAAAUGAAAAGUAUUAUUUUUUAAGAGGGAGGGGUUUUUUUUGCCAAAAGUGGGAAACAGAGAAGCAGAUUAAUAUGUGGAUUUUUCAUCUAGAAAGAAAUAUAUUUUGGUAUAGAUAUUUUGAGAAGGAAAAAAGUUUUGCAGAAAAGGAAAGUCAUGACCACCUUUCUACCUCAGACCCAUUUUUAGCAUUGGAAACAGCUUGAUGUUCUGGUUUUUGCAAAGUAUUUUCCAUUAUCAGAUCACAUCAAAGCAAAACAAAAUAAAAUUCAAAACCCCACUAACAGGAAGGAUCCCAGUAAUGGAUUUGAUGGUUUUUUGUUAUGACUGAAAGGUUAUGUAUGAAUUGUUUUUCUGCCUGUGUUUGUAUGCAAAUUCUGUCCUUUACUCUGCUGUCAAGUAAAAGCUACUUAAAACAUUACAUUGUAACAUUAUUCCUCUGAGAUGCUGAUAAAUAAAAGGAAUGUGUUGCAGUAGCAUCUCCCCCCAAAAGAUGUAGUUCUUUUGAAUUUUGUGGUAUUAAACUAUCGCACUUCCCUUUUCUAAUCUGGUUACAUGGUAUGACUUUCACUCUGAAUAAAAUUAAUUUUUAAGUGAA